GCGUUAGGGGCGCUCUGAGCCAACAGAGACGCUCAAUCCUCCCGAUGCUUCAUUUGUUUCCCUUUGUUAUCUUGUUAGAAAAUCGAUCUCAGUUUUUGAAGGAAUCCAAUGUCCUCGUCUGAUUGCUUGUGUUUCGCUUAGCCGCGUUUGUUGUUUAAUUAGUCUCAUGUCCAUCUCAUCAGUUAUGCCCGCUGUGGACACUACAUCCAGCUGACUGAACUGGGAUUUCCAGACAUCCCGCCUACAGAAAAUUCAUCUGGACACGGAGUAUCAGAUAAGUCAGCCUCCACCUGUCCUCCUUCAAUGUCAGACCCUCACGAGCGGAGACGACAGGUGAGACAUGGACAGGAAGCAGGGGCAGCAAAGAAACCCUUACACCCCCAUCAAACCCAGACAUCAUCCAGCAGACGGAUGAGUCGUUCGGGAAGUCAGGAUGGUGACGAGAACAUCAGCAGGACAAUAUCAGGACCUCCUGAGCUGGUUACUGAUGGACGGAGAGCAGGAGAGGACACACGGAAGCAGUCCGCACAGGUGCAGAGGGGCAUGGAGGAUGAGUCAGAUGACAGUGAUGUUUCUGAGAUAUGUGACGAUGAGGAGGAAGAUGAGGAGGAUGAGGAAGAGCUCAGCAACGAACCGAGUAUUUCAGGUGACUACCAGUGCAGCGUCUGUGAUCUCCAUCUGUCCUCCAAGUUCAAGCUCCAGGACCACAUGAACAUGCACACAGGGACACGCCCUUACUGCUGCGCCGAAUGUGGGAAGCGUUUCUGUCAGACCUACAACUACCGAGUCCACCUUCGCACUCACGCCAAGGUCAAGGUCAAGCGGGUCUGGUGUCGCAUCUGUCUGCUGCAGUUCAGCUCACAGGAGCAGCUGACGCAUCACCUGUCCAGGGCCCACCAGGAGGAUGUGUUCUAUGAGUGUGACUUGUGCAAGCGGGUGUUUACCAGCCUGAAAGACUGCCAAAACCAUGUGCUGUUACGUGAGUGCAUGCGUUUAGCAUGUGAGCAGUGCGAACGCAGCUUCCGCUCUGAGAAGUCCCUGGCUCGCCACAAGAAGCGGUGCCUGCGCACUUUUAAGUGCACGGACUGCUCGCAGACAUUCGCCGAGAAGAACGCUCUGUUGAAGCACAGCUUCUCCCACCUGGGCCUGCUGCCGUACACCUGCUUACGCUGCCGCUGCCACUUCCGGCUGGCCAAGCUCUAUCGCCAGCACAAGUGUGAGCCCGAACGCAUCCACUGCGUGGCGUGUCUGAGGGAGUUUCUGAGCCAGGAGGACUUCCAGCAGCACAAAAAGGACACGGGCUGCUGGGGCAACCAGGAGCUCCAUCAGAAACCCAACGAGAUCCGAUGUCUGGAGUGCGGCCAGAGAUUUGAAACCUCAGAGGAGCUGAAGAAGCACGCCGGCGCUCACCAGAGGGUGCUGAAGUGUGCUGAGUGUGGGAAGGGGUUUCGCUCAGCCCUGCUGUUGAUGUCCCACAUGGGGGGUCAUGCUGGCCAGUCACCCUGCUUCUGUCAGCGCUGUGGGCUGGGCUUCCCCUACCAGCAAAACUAUGACAGCCACCUGAAAACCUGCGGGAAGACGCCUCAGUCUGAGAGUGUUCCGAAGAAGCGCCAAGCCCCCAAGAACUCUCCGGUGCAGAAAAUCCUCCCAACAGAGCCUAAACCGGAGUCAACGAGCUCCUCCGACACAGUCGCUGUUUCUGUUCCGAAGAAGCGCAGAGCCUUCAAGAACCCUCCACCGAAGAAAACCCUCCCAAUAACGCCUAGACCAGAGUCAACGAGCUCCUCCGACACAGUCACUGUUUCUGAUCCUGUUUCAACCAGCCCUGCUGCACCUGGCAGGGAUUCCUGCAGCCCCGGGUCUCGAACAGAUGGCAUGUCUGCUUGUUCCUCGUCAUCAGACGGGUUAUGGACUCUAACUCUGGAUGAAAAGUCGCCUCCUGCCGUCAAUCUUGUUUUGUUUGUUCCUGUCUGUCCAAAUGGUGAAUUACCACUCCCGUCUGCCGUCCAGCAGUCUCUACCGCUCACCGCGGUGCAGGCUCUGCCUCAGGCCUCCACUAGCGAACUGCUAGGGGCGAAUGCUACUGUUGGAGUUCCACUAAACUCCCCCUUUGAACUGCUAACAGGCUUUCUAGAGGAUUCAGAAGUUCCGUUGGAUUUGUCUAAGAAGUGCGAGUCUCCUGCAGCUGCAGAGUCAAACGCUCCUCUCCUGGCAGUUAAAACGGAGCCGAUGGAGUUGGAAAUCUCAGGGCAGGCUGGCUGUAGCGACAAACACGAAGGUAAAGGGCAUGGAAGUGGUGAAAUGAGGUGCUUUAAAACGGAACCAGCGAUGUUCUCGGCUCUCAGCGCCCAGACAGAACCGACCCUGAACCAACAACGCUCAUAAAGGGCUGCCCGUUUGCAGCUUGCUGACCCCCUGUGGAUCAGAGAUGGAAAUAAAGACCUAAACAAACAUUUAAAGCUUGACAUGGUCUGAAACGAUGAAACAGAAAAACGACAAAGGAAGCACAAUGUAGUCGCAAUAACUAAACAUCGCACUGAUGGGACACAAACAAGGCUCACGAGUGUUGUGUCUUCCUGACCUGUGACACAAAACAAAAUAUAAGAAUACAUCACUUUACAAUUUGUUAGGAAGAUCGUGAUUCCUGCUAUUCAUCCAGCCUCUGCCACAGGCGUGACUAUACACUGAACGUGUCGUGAUGUUUUGUCUCUUCUUAGCAAUAAAUUAAGAGUCAUUACCUGAAUCUUUUUCACUCAUUUUAAACAUUCCUCUUUUUUUUUUAGUUUUUUUCAUCUGUCUUCAGGGACUGGCUUGUAGAGCGAUGUCGUGUUGUGCUGGAUUAGCCUCAGCUUUCCCAUUCCUCAGUUUGUCAUCACUACUUUAUAUUUGUUUAAGGGGUUCAAAUCCUUAGCUGUUUUUAAGUGGUUUCAGGCGUUAUUUAAACUGGGGAUUUGUUCUUUGGCCCUUGUAUGUUGAAGCUACAUUUGGAUGUUUUUUGAAGGGAAAUAAAAGUUUUGUUUUCCUGACCUGA